UACCUCCCAGUCCCCCCUUACCUUCUAUAUAUAUAACACUCCCCGCCCCUUCUCUUCCCCACUCUUCACUCCCAACUCUCCUACCCAAAAGCCCGUAAGAAACCUUCCUCUCUUCUCUCCUUGUGUUCUACAAUCUUUCCAGAUCUCUCUUCGCUACGAUGGCCGUGGAUGCUCUCGAGACUACCGCGGCAUCAACCCCCCCUCCGACCGCUACUGAGACGAGCGACGAGCAGUUUCCUCAUCAUGUCGAAGGAUGGGCCAAAAGGAAGCGGUCGAAGCGCCACCACGGGUUCUUCGACCACCCGCCGACCGAGGAGGAAUAUCUCGCUCUUUGCCUCGUCAUGCUCGCCCGCGGUGGAUCCGGUCACCGCCUUCCGUCUCUGAAUCCUGGGUCGGCGACCGCAACCGUGGCCGCUGCUCCGGUGAAGGAGAAGCUUGCGUAUAAGUGUUCGGUCUGUGGCAAGGCGUUUGCCUCUUUCCAGGCGCUCGGCGGGCACAAGGCCAGCCACCGAAAGCUCGCCGGUGGGGAGGAUUCCACCGCCUCGCCGGCGGCGUCGGCGUCCGGUUCGUCCACGGCGGCUGCCUCUGUUAGCGGUAGGGUCCACCAGUGCUCGGUGUGCCUGAAGACGUUCCCGUCCGGGCAGGCGCUAGGGGGACACAAGAGGUGCCACUAUGACGGAAGCCUCGGCGGCGGCGCCGCCUCUGCCUCUGCCUCCGCCUCCGCCGUUGCAGCGGCGUCGAUGUCGGAGGGGGCAGGGUCGAGCGACAAGGGGUUCGAUCUGAACCUGCCGGCGGUGCCGGAGUUUGCCUUCGAUGCGGCAAGGCGGUGUGUGGCGGCGGAGGAGGAGGAGGUGCAGAGCCCUCUGGCCUUCAAGAAGCCUCGCCUCCUUAUCCCGGCUUAGAAGCCACCAAUUCUAGAGAAAUUAUUAUACUACCAUUAUUUGUAUUUGUACAGAGAAUUACUCAUUCUUUGUAACUGGCGACUGGCCAUGGCGAGCUCAAUUUCUUUCAUCGUCUUUUCAUUGGUUUUUUAAUUGUUGUUAGUUAAAGAAUUAGAAAUUAAUGAAUCUGUUUGGAAAUUCUUUGCUUA